AUGAUUAUCAUAGAAUGGUUCUUCCAAGUCAAGGGAGAUAUGCUCCUAAAAAUUGUGGAGAAUGAUAGCAUUUUCCGGGAUAUUAUAAUUCGAGAGGGCGAGACAUUUCUUUUGCCUGUUGGGCUUGUGAUGGAGCGCACUCGUCCUCCACGAUCCAUUGAUCGCGUUCGAUGGUAUUGUGAAAACAAAGAAGCUCAUUUGGAAAAUCCAGGAAUUAUUAGAGAGGAGCAAUUCUACUGUGAGGAUAUUGAAGCGCAGCUUAAGGAUGUGAUUGAAGACUGGAUGGGGAAUCCUGCGAGUCGGGAGUGCCGUUCAUGUGGCCAGGUUGCGCCAGCUCAUUAA